GGUCACACCUGUGAUGUUACAUACUAUGGCGUGCUAUCUGGAAUUGAUAUGUACGAAAAAGGGGAAACCCUUUACUUUGGGCAAUAUGUCAUGGAUAAUAAACGAGUUCACAUAGUUACACACCAAUUAUUCCGUUAUCACACUCACUGA